AUGGCUACCACACUGUUAAGCGCCAUCUGGACGGUCAACCUCGCACUCAACAAUCCCCUUUGUCCUGUCCAUGCAGACAACAUCGCCUUUGGUGUCGCUGGCGCCGCCUACCAGACCGAGGGCUCCCCCCAUGCAGAUGGGCGCAGCCCCAGCAUUUGGGACGUGUACGUUGAGAAGAACCCCAAAAAAAUCCGCGAUGGCUCGACCGGUGCCGUGACGUGCGACCACUACCACCGCUUCAAGGAGGACUUUGCCCUCAUGAAGAAGCUGGGCGUCAAGAACUACCGGUUCUCCAUCAGCUGGGGCCGCAUCGUGCCCAGCGGCCGCAAGGGCGGCGCUGUCAACCCCAAGGGCGUGGCCUUCUACAACGCUGUGAUCGACAGCAUGAUCGAGAAUGGCAUCAGCCCGGCCGCCACUCUCUACCACUGGGACAUCCCCCAGACCAACCAGGACGAGUACAAGGGCUUCUUGGGCCGCGAGGUGAUUGACGACUUUGCCUAUUUCGCCGACGUGGCCUUCAAGCACUUUGGGGACCGCGUGAAGAAGUGGAUCACCUUCAACGAGCCCUGGGUAGUGUGCAACAUCCAGUGGGGCAACGGCGACUUUGCCCCCGGCGUCAACGAGGGCGAGAAGGGCAAGUGGCUCUGCGGCCACAACCUGCUGCUCUCACACGCUGCUGCUGUCAAGGUCUACCGCGGCAAGUUCAAGGCCCAGAAGGGCAAGAUCGGCAUGGCUCUUUGGAGCGAGUGGAGCGAGCCCUACACCGACGCCCCCGAGGACAAGCGCGCCGCCCAGAACAAGAUGGACAUCGACUUUGGCUGGUUUGCCGACACCAUUCACUUUGGCGACUACCCCCCGCUGGUCAAGAAGCUCAAGGCCGCCUACCUGCCAGAGUUCACGGAAGCCGAGAAGCAGCUUCUCAAGCGCAGCUACGACUACGUGGGCAUGACGCUGUACACGGCCAAGUAUGCGCACUACAACGGCAACCCUGACGGCUGGUGGGUGAUGACCAAGGACAAGGACGGCAACAUCCUCGGGGAGCAGGCGGAGUCCUACUGGCUGUACAACGUGCCCUGGGCCAUCAACCGCAUGCUCAACUACCUGGACAAGCGCUACGACCGCCCCGAGAUCUGGAUCCUGGAGAACGGCAUCAGCGAGAAGGGGGAGGCCGCCAGGGUGGGCGCCGCGCGGCUGCACGACCCGCUGCGCACCAAGUACUUCAGCGGCUACGUGGACGAGGUCUGCAAGGCCCAGCAGACUGGCGUGCGGCUGACGCACUACUUCAUCUGGUCGUUCAUGGACAACUGGGAGUGGCGCGAGGGCUUCUCCACGAGGUUUGGCAUAGUCCGCGUCGACUUUGACAACAAGAACCUCACGCGCACGCCCAAGACCAGCGCCACAUGGCUGCAAAAGAACAUUUUCAGCCGUUCCCAGAAGAAGUAG